AUGAAAGCUAUGAUCUUUGGCCAGACCCAAGAUCAUGUCUCUUUAAGGCGUGCCCCUUACUACCAAGAAAUCAUUGGAGAUUUUGCAUGGGAGCAAUCACAAGAAGUUAACUAUCUAGAUGACUUCAUCCAUCCUCCUGACUUCCAGCAGCAAUCACCACGAUUUCACCAUCAAGGAAGUCAAUUCCAACCUAUGCAGCAGUACAAUCAAGAAGGCAUGUACCCAAUGAAGCAGCCUUACAACUUUCCUCCAAGCGCACCUCAUCCGGUUCAGCAAAAUAGUGUGAUUCAAGCAAUGCUUCAGCAGAUUGUGGAUGAUCAAAAAGAGAUCACUAAUGAAUUGGAUGAGAGGAUGGAAAGCUUUUUCAACAGUUUCAUUGACAAUAACGAGUGCAAACUUGAUUAUAAGAUGAAAGCUAUGAUCUUUGGCCAGACCCAAGAUCAUGUCUCUUUAAGGCGUGCCCCUUACUACCAAGAAAUCAUUGGAGAUUUUGCAUGGGAGCAAUCACAAGAAGUUAACUAUCUAGAUGACUUCAUCCAUCCUCCUGACUUCCAGCAGCAAUCACCACGAUUUCACCAUCAAGGAAGUCAAUUCCAACCUAUGCCGCAGUACAAUCAAGAAGGCAUGUACCCAAUGAAGCAGCCUUACAACUUUCCUCCAAGCGCACCUCAUCCGGUUCAGCAAAAUAGUGUGAUUCAAGCAAUGCUUCAGCAGAUUGUGGAUGAUCAAAAAGAGAUCACUAAUGAAUUGGAUGAGAGGAUGGAAAGCUUUUUCAACAGUUUCAUUGACAAGAACGAGUCUCUUGCUUGUCAAAUCAAGAAGAUUCACACCCACAUUGAUCGAACCUAUGAAGAUUUGAAAAGACAAGACAUGGAGGAAACAAAAGCUUUUUGUGAAUCCAUCUCUAUAAGGGAAGCUGAGUUCGUGCCUACCCAUAAACCACCCCAGACUGCUGUUAACUUGGCUACAAGACCAGAGCAAGAGCAUUACUCCUUGGACUCAACAAGAGGUUACAAGCCGAAGCCACUAGAGAAGAUCUCUAACCCGGAGAAGCUUGGUUUACCUUGCAUCAUUAAUGGAGUGUUGUUCAAGGAUUCCAUAUGUGAUACAAGAUCUCACAUCAACAUCAUGAACAAAGGAAUAGCCAAGAAGAUUGGGAUUGAAGUCAGGGAUCCCUCCAAGACACCAAUGCGGUUUAAAGAUGAUCCUUAUACUCUCUUCCAUGGUUUCAUCUCGGAUCUUACACUAUCCAUAGGAGAUCACGUCUUUAAGGCAGAUUUACAAAUCUUGGAGAUGAAACACGACCCUGACAAGCCAUUGAGUUUUGGUUCAUCAUUCCUUGAAGCCAAUGGAGCAAUCUUGGAUCUUCAGAAGCAAAGAAUCUCUCUCUCCAAAAUCAAGCCUAAUAAUGACCAAGAGGAGUUGAUAGACGUCAUAUCAGCAGCCCCUCUCAUCAUACCUAAGGAAAUUGCCAUACCGGCAAAGGCAAACUGCAUUAAGGUUUCAAGUGUCUUAAGCAAGAUUUUGACACCAAGGGAGUACAAGGAGGACGUGAUUGAUGCCACACCACAGCCUAUAAGAACUUCAAGAUGCUUCUCUAAGUUCAGCUUUGAUUUCCAGAAUAAGGAAAACAAAGAACCCUUCAAGGAUGGGCUGCACAAGAAGAGGAAACUCUUUACUGGUGGUAUUGUUUCUUGCAACUACAUUCAAGACCUUCAAGAUGUCCAUAGGAGGAGUUUCAAACCGUCAGGUCCAGAAUGUAGAGAAGCUAAAGGAGCCUCAACUCUUCUAUUUGAUCAAUUGGUCAAUUAG